AUGAGUUUACUGAUUCCACAAAAUACUAAAAAAGCUGUUUUGGAAAUCUAUGUUUCAUCUCAUGGGAAUGAUGAAUUUUGGUACUCUAACCCGCCAAAUUCUUACAUUGAACAGAAUAAUUUGACUACCCAGAGAGGGAAUGGAGCUUUCCGGCAAGUGUUUGCGACGGUCGAUGGGGUUACCGUUGGUUCUGCGACUCCAUUUCCUGUUAGUUACACCGGUGGGAUUAAUCCAUUGUUUUGGGAACCUGUUGUUGCUAUCGGAGCAUUUAAUCUUCCUACUUAUGAUUUCGAUUUAACUCCGUUUCUCGGGUUUCUAUUAGAUGGAAAGAAUCAUUCUUUUGGUCUUGGUGUUACUGAUUCUAUUUCAUUUUGGCUUGUUUCCUAUCUAACUCCUCCUAUUGAGUUCAAAAUAAAAUCAAAAGCUGACGGUCUAGAUGGGAAAUUCAAGAUUAAAGGAAAGAGAGAGAUAGAGUACUCAGGAUGGGUUAAUUCAUCGGCCGGGAACUUUACGACACCAAUUACUGAAAAGUUCAAGUUCAAGAAUAAAAUCAAGAUCAAGAACUAUGGCCAAGAAAAUCAAGUGAAACAGAAGAUUAAAGUGAAGACUGAGAUUAUAGUUGAAAAUGAGAUUGGUCAGGAGAUUAGUAAGUUGAGUAUAAGUAGGAAGUAUCCACUUAAAAUUAAAAUCUCGACGUUGCCCGGAGCCGACAAGGAUACAUUUUUAUCGAUUACUAACGUUUCUCAUUCAUUGGAAGAGACGUAUACAAGUCGUUCUUUAUCAUCAAAUGAGGGAGUAGAAAUCUCUGUUGAGAACAGUCAAGAUUCAGGUGGAUGGAUGCUUGUUAAAGACCAUUCUGUUAUAUGGGGCACGGGGAGUACAGCACAAACAUAUAGUUACCAAGAUCAAAAUGGUCACUACUCUAGAGUUGUUUAUGCGGCUAAUGGUAAAAUUUUACAAGACAAUUCGACUCUUACUAGUGCGUCCUCGUCGUUCUCUGCUUAA